CCAUGGACGAAAGGCUACUAGGGCCACCCCCUCCAGGCGGGGGCCGGGGAGGUUUGGGGCUAGUAGGUGGGGAGCCAGGGGGCCCUGGGGAACCUCCCGGUGGUGGAGAACCCGGAGGGGGUGCUGGGGGGGUCCCAGGAGGACGGGGAAAGCAGGACAUCGGGGACAUCCUACAGCAGAUCAUGACCAUCACCGACCAAAGCCUGGAUGAGGCCCAGGCCAAGAAACAUGCCCUGAAUUGCCACCGAAUGAAGCCUGCUCUUUUUAGUGUCCUAUGUGAGAUCAAAGAGAAGACUGGACUCAGUAUCCGGAGCUCACAGGAGGAGGAACCCGUGGACCCCCAACUCAUGCGUCUGGACAACAUGCUUCUAGCAGAAGGGGUGGCAGGACCAGAGAAGGGAGGAGGGUCUGCAGCUGCUGCUGCAGCAGCAGCAGCCUCUGGGGGUGGAGUAUCUCCUGAUAACUCCAUUGAGCACUCUGACUAUCGAAGUAAACUGGCCCAGAUCCGCCAUAUCUACCAUUCUGAGCUGGAGAAGUAUGAACAGGCAUGUAAUGAGUUUACUACCCAUGUGAUGAACCUGCUUCGAGAGCAGAGUCGUACACGGCCUGUGGCUCCCAAGGAGAUGGAACGUAUGGUUGGCAUCAUCCACCGAAAAUUCAGUGCCAUUCAGAUGCAACUCAAACAAAGCACGUGUGAAGCCGUCAUGAUACUUCGCUCUCGUUUCCUGGAUGCCAGAAGAAAACGCCGUAACUUCAGCAAAUAGGCCACUGAGGUCCUAAAUGAGUAUUUCUACUCCCAUCUGAGUAACCCUUAUCCCAGUGAAGAAGCCAAGGAGGAGCUCGCCAAGAAGUGUGGGAUCACUGUCUCCCAGGUCUCUAACUGGUUUGGCAACAAGCGGAUCAGAUAUAAAAAGAAUAUCGGGAAGUUCCAGGAAGAAGCAAAUAUCUACGCAGUGAAAACUGCUGUAUCCGUCACUCAAGGGGGGCAUAGCCGUGCCAGUUCCCCUACACCUCCCUCUUCUGCAGGCUCUGGUGGUUCCUUCAAUCUCUCAGGAUCUGGAGACAUGUUCCUAGGGAUGCCCGGGCUCAACGGAGACUCCUACCCCAGCUCCCAGGCUAAUGGUGGCUGGCAAGAGGCAGUGACCCCAUCUUCAGUGACAUCCCCAACAGAGGGGCCUGGGAGUGUUCACUCUGACACAUCCAACUGAUCCAGUCUCUGUCUCAGGGGUGGGGGUACACGGGGGUGACUCUUGGAGAGGCCCCAGACAUCCAGUGAACACACCCCACCCGAAGGAGAAGCACAAGGCAGAGGGGCAUAUGGGGUUUUUCCUCACGAAGAAGGCGUCUCAGUGCUGGGGGUGUGAACCACAGGGAGGGAAGCAUCUUCCAAGGGGCCCUUCUGUUUCCCCCCCUCAUCCCUGUCCUCUACCCUACUUCUUUCCUUGUCUCUCUUAUUUAGUCUCCUUCCUCUCUCUCUCUCUCUCUCUCUCUCUGACAUGAUUUAUUCCUUUUGCCCUCCCUACUCCACCCCACCCCACUUAGCCACUCUAGAAUGGGGCAGAGACGCCACCCCACCUGCCUAGUGACGCCAAAAAUGGGGACAAAAUUUCUGGACAGAGGACACAGGCCAUGCCCCCUGUGCACCCCGCCCCCUGCCCCCUAAGACAGCUCUUAUUACCUCAUAUGCAGCUCAUCUUAAACCAAUAGAAUCGCUCGGUGGACAAGAGUGUCUGACUCAGAUAUCUACCUCGGAGGGAGUUUCUGCUACUUUAGAGAAAUGUUGACUGGGCUUUGGAUUUUUUUUUUCUUAAAAAAAAAAAAAGA